UCAGCAGCCCAUAUAGCCUUGAUGUCUUUGAAGGCCAUCUAUAUUGGACAUCUAAAGAAAGAGGAGAAGUCUGGAAAAAAGACAAGUUUGGAAAUGGAGAAAAAGUCAAACUGUUGACUAUAAACCCAUGGCUCACUCAAGUCCGGGUCUAUCACCAACACAGAUGCAACCAGUCAGUGUCCAAUCCAUGCAAAGAUGUCUGCAGUCACCUCUGCUUGUUGAGACCUGGGGGAUAUACCUGUGCUUGUCCACAAGGGGCUCGUUUUGUGGAAGGCAGCUCAGUAGAAUGUGACGCAGCUAUUGAAUCUCCGCCAACAAUGCCCCCGGCUUGCAGAUGUCUGUAUGGAGGAACAUGCUAUUUUGAUGAAAGCGAGCUUCCUAAAUGCAAGUAUGUCUUUGUGGAUGGAGCAAGAAAGACUUUAACAAGCCAAAUAACAUGCGGGGAUGGCAUUGUGUAUGUGGCCGCACCGGACCUCCGACGGCCAAAGACCAAGUCCAAGCCGAGAUCUUCCAAGCCGGAACAGGACCAGAACUGGACCCUCCAGGGCCAGAAGCCUGGGAGCGAGGCCGGGGGAAAGCCAAGGCCCAGGCCUCUACUGCCAGGCUGUCCGGAUCCUCCCAGCUACUGCCGGAUGCACCAGGCCCAGAUCAAAUACGGGCCGGAGACGGGCCGAAAACAGGCCGAAGACGAGCCGAAAACCGCCGCCCGGCCGCCCGGCCGCCCGAGUCCAGGCCACACCGGAGCCGCCGACGGCCAAAGACCAGGUCCAGGCCGAGAUCUUCCGAGAUCUUCUGAGUCAAAACGGGGCCAGAGCUGGACCCUCCAGGCCGAGAGCUAG